AUGUCUCGACAGCAGCCACAAGACAGCGAUCACGACAUGGCCGUUACCUACACCAGCAGCAGCAACUAUGCGGCGCCUGGCCAGACGCUGCCCUCAUUCCGCGAGCUCCUCCCCCAACACCUGCACGAAGAAAUAGACCGCACAUCGUAUUCACAUUCACACUCGCAUUCCCGAGACCGAGACCGAGACCGAGACCGAGACCGCCACCGCACGCCAGACGCCUACAAAUCAAGGCCGGGGCUUCCUUUCCCUGCUCCGUCUGGCCCCAGCCAGAUUCUGCCCCCCUUGCGAGACCUGUCCGGCCGUGCCCCUGAGAGGCCCAUGAGCGCCUACGCCUACGACUACGAUGAUGCCUCUCUCACUCGCUCCCGGUCACGAGGGGGCUAUACUCGCGAGCAUGCAUACACAUCGCACACCACAGCAAGCACAGAUGACGACCGGUACCGCUACAGCGGCGGCGCCAUGUACGGCAACCAAAACGCCUACGAUCCCGCGCGAUACGCCGGCAGCCAGCAGCCUGCCUACCCGGCCAGCACGUCCAGUACUGGCAGCAGCACGGAAUACAUGACGCACACCCAUGCGCUGCCCCCGUCCAAUUUUGGCGUCAUUGGCAUGGGUGCUGGCGAUGCGCUUGACUCGCGCGGAAAGAGGAGGAGAGGCAAUUUGCCCAAGCCCGUGACCGACGUGCUGCGCGCGUGGUUCCAUGAGCAUCUGGAUCAUCCGUAUCCAACCGAGGAGGAUAAGCAGGUGUUCAUGAAUCAGACGGGCUUGUCGAUUAGCCAGAUCAGCAACUGGUUCAUCAACGCGCGGCGUCGCCAAUUGCCUGCCCUGCGCAACCAGCUGCGCAACAGCGACGGCGAGCAUGGACAUAUGCGCGGUGCGUCGCCGUUGAGCGAUGGCGACGUGUCGUCCAUGUCGUCGUCGCCGACCCGGACGAGGCAUCGGUAG